GAAAGUUUCCGGAGCAGCGGGAGAAGUGGGAUUCGAGGCUGGAAGCCGCGGCCGGACAGAAGUGUUAUGAGCUGGUCGCGGUGAGGGGCUCCAGGUGAAAGACUACAUCUCGCACAGAACAUUGCCUAGUGGCUCAUGAUGGCGCAUUUACAGAGAAGUCCGCGUCGUCUGCUUGGUUGUGAGGGAAUAUCCGGGUUGAGUCUUCUCCAUUCAGCGGCAGGCAAGAAGUUAGGAAUGCUGAGCGCCAGCCUUUCACGGAGAGUAGGAAGUGAUGAAGGAGAAGAUGACGACGAUGAUGUGGAAGAGGUUACAGAAAUAUCAGACUCAGAGGAUAUAUCGGAACCACAUAAAGAGACGGCAAAGCAAAUUCUUGCUAGAGAUCAAGCCUCGCUGAUUCCUCAAGAGAGCAAGAGCCAUAAGAAGGUGGACUUAACAGAGGAGAACAAUCCGUAUUCCUUGAACAUACCCAAAAAUUUUAUCUGUGAGCAUUGUUAUGGAGCCUUCAGAAGUAGCUACCAUCUUAAGAGACAUUUGUACAUCCACACGGGAGAGCGACCAUAUGAAUGUGACAUGUGCGACAUGAAGUUCAUUCAGAAAUAUCAUCUGGACAGACACAAACGAGUGCACAGUGGAGAGAAACCCUACCAGUGUGAGCGAUGUCAGCAGGCUUUUUCACGGACAGACAGACUUCUGAAGCAUAAGAGGAUGUGCCAGGGCUGCCACACCAAAAUUGCCGAAUCAGAGUCUGGAACAAGUUUCCCCCCAUACACCCCAAGUUUCCGUAUUCACAGAGACGUGUUCAUUAACCCAGGGGAGCGCCCUUUUGAAUGUGACAUGUGCGACAUGAAGUUUGUUCAGAAAUAUCAUUUGGACAGACACAAACGAGUGCACAGUGGAGAGAAACCCUACCAGUGUGAGCGAUGUCAGCAGGCUUUCUCUAGGACAGACCGCCUUCUGAAACAUAGGAGGAUUUGUCAGGGGUGCCACACGAAACCUCUCGCAUUGUGAAUUUCAGUGAAAUUUCAGCCGCUCUUCCUUCACUCAGGACUCAUUCUCUAUCACUACUGGUAAACCACAGAAGUAUUGAAGAAUUUACCCCCAGACACGGGGCUGGUAACAGCGAGGGCCUAC